AUGCCCGCCCAUUCGCCGCCCUCGCCGACUCUCAAGCCGACGAAGCGCCCGCGUCAGGGCUCCUACGACGACAACUCCCCAAACUCAGGCGGCAAUGACCAGAGCCCGGCCGCUGACAACCAACACGAACCCACCGCUGGUGCUGGUUCUACCUCGCUUGCUGACAAGACCGGCGGAAAGCCGGGCCAAAGCAGUAACUUCCGCAACGUAAGCGCAUGCAACCGCUGCCGUCUACGCAAGAAUCGAUGCGAUCAGAAGCUCCCCAGCUGCGCUAGCUGCGCAAAGGCCGGCGUUGCCUGUGUGGGUUACGAUCCUAUCACGAAGAAGGAGAUUCCUAGAAGCUAUGUGUUCUAUCUAGAAACUCGUGUCGAGCAGCUGGAAGCGCUGCUUGCCAACAACAACAUUCCCUUCCCACCCGCCGAGAACCUCGAGAUCUGCUCACGCCCAGGCAAUGAUGCCCCGAGAUCGACUACAGACGCUGGUCACUCGGCACGAUCCGAAAGCCUCGAAGGAAACGGACUACCAAAGAACAACGUGCACCGCCCUGACUUGGACAAGGCCAAGAAGGCCGAGAGCGGGACGGGAACUGCAAUGCUCGAUAUUGUCGCACCCUCCAAACCGCGAUCGUUGGCCUCUGCCUCGGGCGUUUCGUUCAACCGCGUUGUUUUUGCAGCUGUGCAAUACUCUGUAUCGGACCAAAAUGGCGCCAACGACAGAGCAGGAAACAAAGGCCUCCCUAUUGGCAGCGGCACGUCGAUGCGCGACUCUUUCUUUGGCCUGCACACUAAGCCAACCAUUCGCCCGGCAAACUUUCCUGAGCGGGAUGUUGGUUUGAAGCUCGUGACGCUUUAUUUUGAGCAUGCGAAUCCUCAGAUACCCAUCCUCCACCGUGGGGAGUUUAUGCAAAUGUUUGACCAGGCUUAUGCCAGUCAGGGCGGGCCAAAGGGACCCCGGGAGUUGUAUAUGUUGAACAUGGUGUUUGCCAUUGGCUGUGGUGUCAUCGUGGGCGAGCCCGUGAAGUCUGAGGGAUCUGGGGCCGGGCCACGCAACCCACCAGACGCGAACAAAUUUGGACAGGCCCAGCCAGAAGAGUACCAUGCAAGUGCUAUCGUGCAUCUUGAGGCUUGUCUGGGUAACAGUGGUGGCGGGCUGGAGGUUCUGCAAGCCGUGCUUUUGCUAGCUAAUUUCGCGCUCCUCCGGCCGGUGCCACCGGGACUUUGGUAUAUAAUUGGUGUCGCCGUGAGAUUAGCAGUUGACCUAGGGCUGCACUAUGAAGAUGGCAGUGACGUAGCGAAGGCCAUGCUUGACCCCUUAGGUAAGAUCAAGGAAGAGAAUGGUGAGAUGAACGAGUCAAGUGAAGCCCAGUCACGCGGAAAAGGCCGGAAACUGUAUAUCCGUGAUAUGAGGCGAAGAUUAUGGUGGUGUACUUACUCCCUGGACCGCCUGGUGAGCACUUGUGUGGGCCGCCCCUUUGGUAUCAGCGACCAGGUCAUCACGACGGAAUUCCCGUCGUUGCUGGAUGAUCAGUACAUCACUUCCACCGGCUUCCUAGAUAUGCCGCCUGAUUCAACGGAGCCGAGCUACAAGCACGUAGCGUACCACUACUUCAAGUUGCGCCUGUUGCAGUCUGAAAUUCUCCAGGUUCUGCAGUACAACCAAACACAAGUAGUGCGAGCCACGGGUCAGAACAUUACAAACUCAGACAUGCACACACAUCUACCCUCUCCAUUCCUCGUCAAGUUUGACUCUUUCCGCUCCUGGCGCAUCGACAUUGACCGGCGGCUUUAUCAGUGGAAGAAUUCAGCGCCCACGAGAGAGGAGACGGGUGUCGCGUUCUCGACCGAGUUUCUGGAGCUCAACUACUGGCAGGCCAUCAUAAUGCUCUACCGCCAGAGUCUCAGUGUCCCCGCCAUGUUUGAGGGCGAGUAUAAUACCUCGAACGAGGUGAAUAGCCCUACGGCGUUCCAGGCCGAGCUCCGCGAGGACGAAGAUAGAAUCUAUCUCAAGGUUGCCGAGGCUGGCCAGAAGAUUUUACGUAUCUACCGGCAGCUUCAUCUCAGCGGACUCGUUAGCUACACUUACCUCUCUACCCAUCACUUGUUUAUGGCCGGCAUCUCAUAUCUCUACGCUAUCUGGCACUCGCCGAUUGUCAGGAGUCGACUGACAAUGGAUGAAGUAGACUUUACAAUCUUGGCAGCCAAGUCUGUCUUCACCGACUUGAUUGAUAAGUGUCCCCCGGCAGAGACCUGCCGUGACGCCUUUGACCGUACGGCAAAGGCCACCAUCAAGAUGGCCAACUCGACCGGCGGCUUCGGCUCUGUGCCUCCUCGCAAGAUGCGCGAGAACAGAUUCGAGUGGAGCUCCGCCAGCGGCGACGGCGCCUCAACAUCUACUGCAAGCGUUCCGCGCCGCCGCCAGCAACAGCAGCAGUUCCAGCAAGGCAACUUCCAGCCCGACCGUGCCCUCUCCGAUACCCUUUCCUCCCCCAGCCUCUCAGUUGCCGGCGACUUGCCCCCGCGUAACUCACCGCUAGCUACAGACUUCAACAUGAUGGGACAGGGCAGCCCGUCAGAGAUUGAUCCUUCGUUUGUAGCGUCGCCGCCCGUUCCGCGCCGGCUUGCGGCUCAAAGAUCCAGCAGUGGCGGUCCUUUUAUGAAUCAGCAACAGCAGCAGGGGUCUUACAAUGUGACUGAUUACCCCGACAUUCAAAACAUGGACUUCUUCCAAAGUCUCCAAGGAAGUUCCAAUGGCGAGGUGGGCCCCAACGGCGACGGGACUACUCCUCAGCUUGACCUCGGCUUCGGCAUUAACUGGGACAACAUGCACCACGACUUCAGCGACGGGCAACAGAUGAACAUAUUUGAUGGCUUCUUCUUUGGAGGACAGCAGCAGCAGCCGCAGCAGCAGCAGCAACAACAACAACCACAACAGUCACAAGACCAACAGGGCCGGAAUGGCAGUAGCGCCAACGGCAAUGGCAGAGGCGGCAUAUAA